GUGAGUUGCAGGGGAUUGAAGUUGGGGGCUGGACCAUUGCUGGAUGGUUAUAGUGCACUGUGAGCAUGGACAACUAGGAUGACCUAGACCGUCUAGGUAAAUAAUGUAUCUCACCAUACAUUAGCUAGUAGCGUAGAGGCCAGUAGCUCAUUUCAACAUACAUAACGCAUCAUGUCCUCACGCGAUCGAAGCCUGCUUGAAUACCUGAGCUUGUUUGCGGGUGAAUCACCAUCACUAUGUCUCUCCAGCGCUCUGCGACGCGGAAAGCCGGUUCUGGCCCCGCGAGGGAGAAGAAGGAUUACAGUAUUGCUGAACAAGCUAUGAAAAAACUGUAUCCUCUCGACAAUAAUGUGGUACCCGAGAUAGACAUCGUGCUCGUCCCUGGGUUGGGCGCUCACCCAGAGGAUAGCUGGAAAUCCGAGAGCACACAGUUUAACUGGACUACCGAGGCGCUUGUUAGAGACUUUCCCAAGUCGCGAGUGCUUCUGUACAAGUAUCAAUCGGCCUGGCAAGGUUCACUGAAAGUUAAGCAAUUUAUGGCCAAUAUUGCCAUGGGGAUGCUCAUAAGUCUUCACAGUGAGCGGAAAAAAUGCCAAAGGCGACCUAUUGUUUUUAUUGGCCACAGCAUGGGUGGUCUAGUAAUAGCCAAAGCAAUCACACUCGCCGACCAGCGAAAGGAUAAGUUUCCAGUUAUGUUCGAGGCCAUCGCGGGCGCGGUUUUCUUCGGAACACCAUUUGGGGGUGCACCAGCAGCAUCAGCAGCGGCAAUGUACGCGUAUGCUGCCGAAAAGAUUGGCCAAGCCACAUCUUCAAAGUUGCUGGACUUGAUGAAAGAAGGAGAUGAGGGCUUACGCGAGCUGAAGCACGAGUUUAUGCGCCUCGUGGGGAAAAUAAGUCCAAAGAUUGAGCUUUUCUGUUUCUACGAGGAAAAACCCACCGAUUUCUCUAAAAUCGCAGGCUUGCCCGCUCUUUUUGGCCUUACGAAAGCCAUGAUUCCAAAACAGUACGCUGAUUUCGUCAGCCGAGACUCGGCAACAUUGCCCGGUGUUGAUGAACUAGGUCUCGCGUGUAAUCAUCGAGACCUGGUCAAAUUUGAUGGACAUAAAGACACAAGAUGGAGCCAGUUUGUCCGUGAUCCGCUCAGGAGGUUGAUACAUGGCGCCCAACUGACAGUAAAAAACCGCUUAAAUUCAAUCCGCGAUGUUGAUCAGGACAUGAUCAACAAAAUCAUGGGAACCCUUGAAGGUGCCCAGGUUCAGAGGAAGCGCAAUACACUUCGCCAGACUUUUGCGCCAUCGUCAUGGAUCACUACAGAGACGGAGUACAUACAAUGGUUAGCCGAAGACCAGAAGGCGCCGGAAACAGAACAGACUCGGAACAGAGAUUGUAUCUGGAUUCGGGGCCCCGAAGGGAGAGGCAAAACAAGUGCUUCUAUGGCUGCCGUUGAAGAAAUCGAAACCCGAGUGAUCAACAAUGAACAAAAUGCUAGUGAAGACCCUGUCCUCCUUGCGUACUUCUUCUGCGACACGACGCCAGAUUAUAACACUGCCGAAGAUAUCCUGAAAAGUCUCAUCAAGCAGUUGAUCAGCCAGCAAGUGACGCUGGCUCCUUACGCUAAACAGUUCCUAAAGAAGACAACGAAUGAGGGCUCAAAGUCGCAACAAGCUCGGGUGGCCGUAGAAAACCUGUGGCAGACGCUCCAGGAUAUGCUGAUGGAUGAGUUCAUCGGUCGAAAAGUCAUAUUUGUACUAAACAACAUCCACUGCUUGCCGGAAGACUCGGACUCAACAAUCAAACUGAUGAAUUAUCUUAAUGCCGAAACAAAGAGUGUCAACAGCGACGAUGCGAAACGGGUUCCCACGAGGUGGUUUAUAACCAGCAGAGAGGCGCAUAACGUAGAGCAAGCACUGAAGACGGACAGUGUUCGACUCGUCGAUCUCGAGGAUGAGAAGUACGGGGACCAAGUGCAGAAUGCGCUGAGGAAGCAUGCUAAACAGAAAGUGACACUGCUUGAGCAAGAUAAGAAGUACAACAAGGCACUGGCUUACUUUGCCAGCAGUUUGAUCGGAAGGCGAGCACAGAAUACGCAGUGGAUUGACAUUACCUGCGUCCAGCUUCGGGAGUUGCCGGAGACGCCUAGCGACCUACCCGUUCGCCGUGCUCUGGAAACCAUACCGCAAGAUUUGAAGAGUUUACUCAACAAAUCGUGGCAACGAGUCUUUACCUCGAGCGAGGCUGAAGCGGAGAAGAUUGAGGAAAUGCUUCGUGCUCUUGUCCUCACAUAUGAAGAUCCGAGCGCUGCCGAACUGGGUGUCCUUGCUGGGCUAGGCUCGAGCGAGGAGGAGAAAGCUGAGCUUCACGGGUUGAUAGAGAAGUGCAAACCACUACUGACGAUUAAAAACGAUGAUAAGGUCGGUUUCAUGAACAGCGUCGUCAAAGGCCAUUUGCUUGAGAAUGCCAAAGAACUCUUGGGACUUUCACAAGAAGAGAUUAAGUGGCAGCAUGGUGUCCUUGCUCUCCGUUCUUUCUCUCACGUGAAGGAAUGCUACAAGGAAGUCGUAUCUGAGCAACCUGCAGAAUCUGCGCAGCCCGAAAAUGCGAAUGGUGAUGCACAAGAAGCAACUGAUGUGCAUAAUGAGGAUCAACAGAAUGGGGGUGAACAUAAUGCCGAGAAUGAAGAUAAUAGCGAGGACGACGACGAUGAUGAUUCAGGGGAAGAUAGCGAAGAUGAGGGAGAUGAUGACGACGAAGAAGAUGAUGAUGAUGAUGAAGAAGAGGAGGAGGAGGAGGAGGAGGAAGAAGAAGAGGAAGAGCCUGGCGAUUUGCUAGCUUUACCUUAUAUGAUCAAGCACUGGCUAAGGCACGCCUCUAAGGCAACGCAAGAAAUUGCCGAGGAUUUGAGUCUAGAAGUGGAUUUUUGGAAGGCCGACUCAAACAUUCGUCGCGGGUGGCUGAAGGACUACUGCAGAUUAAUGCCUACUUUCGACGAUUUCGAUCCGACAACACUCACGGGCUUGCAUGUUGCCGCGUCCUUGGGCUUCAGGCAGCUCGUCGCAGCACUCAUUCGCAAUGGCGAUGCUGACAAGUCUGAAAUUAAAGUUCGCGACUCUCUAAUUAACACCCCGCUCCAUUUCGCAGCUUACUUCGGGCGGCCCAAAAUCGUCGAGGAACUUCUGAACCGAGGUGCCCCUAUCGACGACGCAAUUGAAAUUAACGAGCAAACGCCGUUGCAUAUGGCUGCUUUCGGCGGCCACGUCGAGGUAAUGCGGAAACUCGUCUUGAGAGGGGCAAACCCAAAUGCCUCCGCUGUUGAGGUUGGGCCUGUGGUCAACGCAGCAAUCUGUUCCGGAAACCGAGCCGCCGUCGAAUUGCUGGUUGAGCAGGGCGUUUCAUUGACCGUGGAUCAAGACGACAUUGACCCCCCAUUAGCCCUGGCGGCAUUACUAUCUGACGCUUCCAUGUUCGAAUACUUGAUCCAGCAAUACGCAGAUAAGUUGCCUGCUGUAGAGUACUCCAAGGCGCUGGUGAAGGCGGCGGAGGCAGGAAAGACGGAGGUAAUUAACAAGCUCUUCGAGUUUGAGCACGAUGGACCUUUCUUUCAAAAAGCGCUCGACGCUGCCGUCGAUGAGUGGAAUUGGGAUAUCGUUACAACACUCCUCCAGAGACGCCCUGGUCUGGACUGCAACGGAUUGUUUUUAACAGCUGCAACGUGUUCCGAGCCACAAGAUAAGAUGCUCGAUAUUGCUUGGGACUACGCAAACGGAUCGAUCACACCUCAAACACUCAAUGAAGCGCUUUAUGAGGCUACUGAUAGAGAGAAGGAUACAACAGUGGAACUACUGCUGAACAAAUUUCACGUGAACCCGAAUGCAACUGGUGAAGAAUACGGAAACGCAUUGACAGCAGCGGCUUAUGAUGGCACUAUGCACAUUGUAGAGAUGCUCCUGGAUGGGGGGGCUAACGUCAACGCACCAGAGGGUUAUGCUAUUCAAGCUGCUGCGAAGCAGGGUCACUAUGAUGUGGUUCAGGAGCUUCUCAAGCGCGGUGCUGAUGUUAACGCCUUCACGAAAAAUGAGAAUUUUACCGAAGGAACUGCGCUACAAGGUGCCAUCGAAGCGUGCCAGACCGAGAUCGUCAGACUUUUGCUCGAGUCUGGAGCCGAUCCCAACCAUGGUUCUGGAGAAUGCGCACCACCGAUUAUCGCUGCCGCAAGAAGUGCCGAAGUAGAAAUUCUUGAUGUACUCAUCAAGGCGAAACCCAAAAUAGACGUCAUUGGAGGGCCCGAUUCCUCGACACCGUUGAUUAACGCUGCUGGUUAUAUGCCUGUAUCCUCGAUUGAACAGCUCCUCGAUGCAGGUGCUGAUAUCAACCUUGCUGACAAUGACGGCGAUACUGCACUUAUUAUUGCUGCAGCCCGAGGCGAUACGGAAGCAGUCAAAUGUCUGCUGGAACAUGGUGCUGAUAUCAUGCAGUGUAGCCCACGGUAUGGCAAUGCGCUCCAGGCAGCGUUAAACGCAGGUGAUAUGGACUGCUUGAGAUUGUUAGUGAACCACACUACAUUAUUGUUCGACGCUCUCAAAAAGUCGAUAGACGCAGGCAAUCCGACUGUAACCAGCGUUAUCCGAUCUGCAACGAGCACCAACCAGGGCCUCAUUUACGAUGAUGCACCUCAAGCUAGCACACAGCACUUGAGCCGACCCGAAGUCAAUGGGGACAUGCAUACGUCUGGAACAAGGUCGAUUGAUCAGCAUGACACUGGAGAUAACGCCAAUGAUUCUCAUGGCGGACCAUCGAGGGGCAUAGAUAACAACGACGCGGGAAGCAUUAGUAGUAAUCAUAAUGACGAGGGAAAUGGAGAGGCCCCAGCACCUGAGGAUCACGACGACGUUGAGAAUGAUUUGACAGGUGCCGACAACGAUGAUGACAACGCACAAGAUGAGGAACCACUUAGCGAUACAGACGAUUUCCACAGCGAGGGCGCUACCGCGGUUCCUACUGAUGACGAUGCUACUGAUGUUGCAUCGUCGAUCAACGAAGAUCGAGACGAAGCAGACGAGGACUCUGAGGCACAAGGCGACCAUGGUAUCCCAGAUGCUAUCUCUCAACUGUCGAGCGAGCUUCAAUCUGCGCUGGGGAAUCAAAUCUCGCUCUUUCACCAAUACCAUGUAUCUAAAGAUGAGGACACACCGCAAGACGAUCACGAAGCCACGACUUCGACAAGGGUCCUCCAGGAUCAAGACGCGAGGAGGCUGGUAGGCCGGGAGUCACCAGUAAUAGCAGGCGAGUCGCCAGCAGAGCCAGUCGAACUCCCUAGCCAAAGCUUUAUCAGGAGAAAGCCUUCGCCGUUAGAUUCACGACAGGAACGGACAGCUUCUCCGAAGACAGUGGACACUGGGUAUCAACCACCUCCGAUGAAUGGUGAUUACGAGGCUCCUACGCCCACAGCUGCGUAUCCAUCAGCCCAAAACGGGACACAAUACCACCACCAAGUCCCAGCCCCGACAUCGUCUACACUCGCCAUGGUGCAGCAAGUGCCGGCGUCACUAUCCGUACCAUAUCAGGGCGCCUACGGGCAGUCGUAUCAGUCUACCCAACCCUUGCAAACGGCCCCCGUACCCAUAUCAAGCUAUCCUCAGCAACAGCAGCAGCAGCAGCAACAACAACAACAACAGCAACAACAGCAGCCAACGCAAUUCCAGGCACAGUCCCUCUACGAUGGCUCACAAUAUGGGGCAUCGGACGCGCGCUAUGCUAGCCAGCAACAGACCUAUGCAGCCUACCAUCCGAGCAUGUACCAGCAACAGCAACAGCAACAGCAACAGCAACAGCAGCAAGUUGCGUACACACCUGAGCAGAUCCAGGCAUACCAGAGCCAGGCCUACGAAGAGCGAUAUCGAGAUUACUACGCCAGCCUCAAGACAGCACAACAACAGCAACAGAUACAGCAGCAACAGCAGCAAGCGAAUGAGCAGGAGAUGUGGGACAGUGAACGGCCGACGCUCAAGACACAGCGCUCGUCGUUCUUCACGGGCGGAGUGAAGAAUACGCUUGGCAAGGUUGGAAACGGAUUUUUAAAUCGGAAGAAUACUCCCUAAGUUAGGAAAAGAGGUCACGGCAGGAAAAGCGGAUUGUUUAACACAUGUAGUAUAUAGCUUUGGCUAAUGGUUUGAUAUUGUAAUUGGGAAAUGCUGCCAGCUUCAAGAACUUGGAAAUUGAGGGUAGAAUAAAUCAACACUUUAAUGUACUUUUACAUAAAUCACAGUCGCGUGCUAGAUGCAAGAUUGGUAGGUAAUGUGAUUGGGUUAGAAAAGCGGGACGGAACCUAGCUGCGUGCAGUAGUCGAUUUUAUCUCUUAUCGGGGCCCAAAAAAUAGUUCUGGUCCCAUGU